AUGGGUUGGCAGAAGACUUUCACUCUCGCCCGCCGCAGCAAGGGCUGCCAUCUUGUCACCGAAGAGAUUGUCACCCAGAUUCAGCCUGGUCUCCACGACGUUCAGAUCGGAAUCCUCUACUUGUUCAUACAGCACACGUCGGCUGCGCUCACGAUCAACGAGAACUUUGAUCCUGAUGUUCGGCGAGACAUGGACAUGGCUUUAGACAACAUCGUUCCCGAGAGCCUCAAUUGGCGGCACACCGAUGAAGGCCCUGAUGUGUCCCAUACGAAGACGAGCCUUGUGGGUGCGUCACUGUGCAUUCCUGUGACCAAUGGCCGUCUGAACCUCGGUACAUGGCAAGGUAUUUACCUCACGGAGUUCAGACACGCACCCCACAGUCGCCGGGUGGUGGCGACUAUUCUGUGCGUCGAGCUCUCUGCAUACCCUAGUAACGAGCUCGCUUAUCGGCGUCCCUGCAGUUUCUAG